AUGUCCUAAAGACAUGCGUCAAAAUAUCGGCCAUAUCUUUCUAUGGCUAUCUAUAUACAUGUAUGAACUUGGUUUAUCGUUGAUAAAACGUUCUACUCAAUGCGUGAUCUGCAGAGAACAUUUUUGUUUCCCGCCAAGUGGUGUCACUUCCUGUCAGACAACUUCCGCUAGGAAUGACAACAACAGACAGCUGUUGUCAAGAUGGCGGAUGGCUAUGGAGGAGAAGAGGGUCCCCUGGACGCUGAAGAAGCUGGGGAUCAAAUAAAAUCAAUUUUGAGGCGUUGUAGAGGCCGUCCCAGGCUCACGGAUUCUGACCGAGCACAAAGACGCCUCGAGUCCCGCAAGAAGUAUGAUGUUAGGCGAGUUUAUCUUGGAGAAUCUCACAAGGUUUGGAGUGAGCUUCGCCGGCGAACGAGUUUGAGUGACGCUGGACUUGCCGAGUACCUAAUCCUGCUCAACUCCACGUACGGGAUGAGAUACCAGCAAAAAUACGGAGGGAAGACAACCUCAGAAGUCUGUACAAAACUGAAGAGAGGGAAAAAUGAGAGAGUGUCUAGCCUUUGUAGCAUGGUGACCUGGUACCAGGAUCACUCUCAGACCUGCCCACAUGAACCACAGCUCAGAGCUCUGGAACCCCAACCUGGAUUCUCCACCUCUGCUAUCUGGCAGUGUGAUGCUGACCAUUCAUUUGUGCAGCACCUCUCCUCGCCACCAAGAGGGGUCAGUGAUCCUGAGACAGAGACUGAGGAGGAAGUUGAUAGUGACACAAGGACAGAGGAUACCAGAGGAAUCAUGACCAGGAGGAGGAGGAGGAGGAGGAGGAGAGAGACAGAUGCCCACAUACAGCUCACUGAUGCAGGAGGGGAUUUGGAAGUGGCCGGAGCCCCGGUGACUAUGGAUCAGGUGGAGCAGGCCACGGCUCUCAGCCAGCUCCCAGGGAUGGAGGCCCCAUCCAAAGACACUCCACUAAUGGAGCAUCUCUCUCAGAAUCAGUCUGUCUGGGAGAUGGAGGUGGUGAUGGAGGCAGGCAAACAGCAAGCCCAGGAGUCUGAUGAGGAGGAGACCGGUUACAAUGCCUUAGGGGAGGACAUCAACCCAGAGGAGCCGGAGGACCUGAGAAGAGAAGGAGUGGGUACAUCACAAGAUGGCUAUGAGUGUGUUGUAGUGACCGCAUCCUUAACUGACAGACUGGACAAAGCCAAUGAGCAGGACACCACACAGACAAUGGGUGACAUAGUUGGUAUAGACACUCAGACCAUCCUCCAUCCAGUCCCAGCCUCUAUGCAGGUGCCUGGGCAAGGGGAGCUGUUUGAUUCUCAGACACUACAGACUGUGGGGACCACCUGUGAGAUACCAGACCAGCGAGAAACUCUGGAUGGUUCUCAGCUGAUCAUCAUCACUGGCCCCAGCUACGAGGCUUUGGCAUCCGAGGGCAUCCAGCUCAACAUGGGGGGUGGAGACGUGGAGGAGGUCACCUGCACUGUCAUAGAGGGCGUGGCUUACAACCAAAUGUGCCAGUCAGUGGCAGACUUUAGGACGACAGAGGAAGAAUCCAUCACAGGCCUGAGUGACAAGGAGCUGCUCCAGCCCAGUGUUGAGUCUCAUGGCUUGGAGCCCACCUGUGAAAGGGAGCUACAGAGGGGCCUAAGCAGAUGUAGAAGGAGCAGACGAGGUCCUGUCAUCGAGGCAGACGGAAUGCUCAAGAUGUUCCACUGUCCGUAUGAAGGCUGUAGUCAAGUCUAUGUAGCCAUCAGCAGCUUUCAGAACCAUGUGAAUCUGGUUCACAGGAAGGGGACCAAGGUGUGCCCCCACCCCGGCUGUGGCAAGAAGUUCUAUCUGUCCAACCACCUGCAUCGCCACAUGAUCAUCCACUCAGGAGUCCGAGACUUCAUCUGUGAAACGUGUGGGAAAUCGUUCAAAAGGAAGAAUCACUUGGAGGUUCACCGGCGCACACACACAGGAGAGACGCCCCUUCAGUGUGAGAUCUGUGGGUACCAGUGUCGCCAGCGAGCAUCUCUCAACUGGCACAUGAAGAAACACACCCCCGAGGCCCACUACAACUUCACCUGCGAACACUGUGGCAAGAGGUUUGAAAAGCUUGACAGUGUUAAGUUCCACAAGUUAAAGAGCCACCCAGACAAACAGGCAACAUAAGGCGCAGUGCUGCUGGAAUGUGCACUAAAUAUCAACUGGUCAGUGUCAGACCAGAAAGGGACUGAAUCUGUCGACACAGAGAAGAAGAGUGCCCGUAGAGACUGGUAUGCCCUUUUGGGGAAAGAGCAGCUCUUUUGAAUGAACAUUGCUUAGACUCUCGCACUAUAAUGGACUUUAGAACAUGCUCUCAAAGCUGUGCUGGACACAGCCUAGCUGUUGAUAUUGUACAUUUCAGCACAGUUGUUUACAUAAUGUGCUGUACGCCUGUCUCUAUACCAUAUUAUUAACAUAUCCAUAGAUUAUCUCUUUUUUAUUCAUUUUUAUACCCUUGUCAUCCACAGUUGUAAUGUACUUGUUUGGAAAAAAAUGUUUUUUUGUGUUAAUUCUUGUGUUCUCGCAUCAGUACAUGAACUGAUGCCUACUGGUAAAAUGCCAAAACUAACAACGUACAUAUUCAUGGGGAAAUUAUAAUUACAUCUUGAGUAGUAAUUGUAACAAUGUGCAUAUGGAUGUAAAGGACAUGUCAAUGGAUUCAGAAAGCAGAGUUGUGUUGUCACACAAGUGGGCUGCCUACAUUGAAAUAGAGAAUUGGUCAUUUUUGUCAUUGACCUGACCAAGGAGUAGUCUUUUUGUGUGAAAGUCUUGCAUCAUCUUUCAGGUCUGUCUGUUGAACUGUGUGUCUAUGAACAGAGUGGUGUUGUAUUGUGUACUAAAAUGGCAAAUGUAGUUUUUGAAAACCUUUUUUUUUCUAAAGAUCCAAAGCAGAAUUGCUAAUUUAUAGUUAUUUUCCUGUUUUCUGUAUUACUGAAAUGAUCAAUGUAAAAUAUGUGAAUAUGACCCAAAUAGACUACAUAUAUUUAUGGAAGAGACAUUUGUUUGAGACAAAUGUAAAAUAAAAAAAGGAGUAUUUGUA